UUCAGUUGUCUAAGUCGCUUAUUUAUGCGUGACCCACACAGUUCUUGAGCGUAUUUGUGACCAGCUUUAGAGGGCUUGCCGGCAUGCCUAACAGUGGAGAGAUCCUUACGAAAAAACUACAGGAUGAAAAUGCAAUGAACAUUACAGAAAACUAUGAAACAAGAACAUUUACAGAAGUGCAGACUGUCUCCAAAGAUUUACUGGUUCAUUUUGAGAAGACCCAAGAUGAAGGCAAAGAACCAACAGAGUCUUUGUGGACUUCCUUUGCUGAUGGUGGAGUCAGACUGAGAAUAGAUAAAUCAUGUCCUCAGACUCCAAUAACAGUUCAUCAGAUGUUCAAAGAGAGCCUAGAAAAGUAUGGAGAUCUCAAUGCUUUGGCCAGCAAAAAGAAUGGCAAGUGGGAGAAGAUUACUUUUUUAGAGUAUUAUUCCCUGUCCCGAAAAGCAGCCAAAAGCUUCUUAAAGCUUGGUCUUGAACGAUUCCACAGCGUAGGAAUCCUUGGAUUUAAUUCUCCGGAAUGGUUCAUUUCAGCUGUUGGAACAGUUUUUGCUGGGGGAAUUGUCACAGGAAUAUAUACAACCAACUCUCCAGAGGCCUGCCACUACAUUGCUCAUGACAGCAAAACCAAUAUCAUGGUUGUGGAAAAUCAGAAACAAUUGGACAAGAUAAUGCAGAUCUGGAAUCGUUUGCCACACUUGAAAGCUGUUGUGCUGUAUAAGGACUCCAUGCCAGAGAGACGUCCCAAUUUGUAUACG